GAAAUCGAAGAGCAUCAUCAAGCAAGAAUAUUUCAGAAAUAUGAAAUAUUCAUUGCGCAAAACUGAUGAGGACGAAGUGGAAGAUGAAGAUGUGGCUGAAGAACGUGAAAGAGUGACGUCAGGUGAUGCUGACGAUGAUAUGAUCUGUCUGAAAGAUUUAACCAAGGUGUAUUUUUCAAAGAGAACUGGCAACCAUUUGGCUGUUGAUCGUUUAUGUCUUGGUAUACAACAAGGGGAGUGUUUUGGUCUACUUGGCGUUAAUGGUGCUGGGAAAACAUCAACAUUUAAAAUGUUAACUGGUGAUACGUCUAUUACAAGUGGAGAUGCAUUUCUCAACUAUCAUAGUGUGUGUGAUAAUAUUUUGGAUGUGCAUCGUUGUAUUGGAUACUGUCCUCAGUUUGAUGCUUUGAUUGAUGAAAUGACUGUAACUGAACAUCUUAAGAUGUAUGCAAGAAUACGUGGCGUUCCAAAAAAAGAACUGUCUCAGGUUGUAAACUGGGCUAUCGGUAAGUUGUGUUUAAAGAAGUUUGCUGAUAAACCAUCCAAGACCUUAAGUGGCGGAAUGAAGAGAAAAUUGUCAACGGCGAUUGCUUUAAUUGGAGAUCCAUCCAUUAUUUUCUUGGAUGAACCGACCACCGGCAUGGACCCAAAAGCGCGAAGGUUCUUGUGGGAUACCGUUUUAAGUAUUGUAAAAGACGGUCGAUCUGUUGUUCUGACAUCACAUAGCAUGGAAGAAUGUGAAGCCUUGUGCACAAGACUAGCAAUCAUGGUGAAUGGACAACUCAAAUGCCUGGGAAGUAGCCAACAUCUUAAGAACAGGUUUGGCAGUGGUUAUAUGAUAACUUUAAGAAUAAAGGGAGAGAACCCAGAUCUCAAAAAAGUAACGAGUUUCUUUGAGUAUAAUAUGCCAAAUAUUUCCUUAAAGGAGAAACAUCGUAAUAUGAUAGAGUAUCAUCUUCCAUCAAAUGUAUUAAAACUUUCAAAAGUUUUUUCACUCAUCGAAAAUCAUCUGGAUGAGUUAGAAAUUGAAGAUUAUUCAGUGAGUCAAACGACCCUUGAUAAUGUUUUUAUAAAUUUUGCAAGACAGCAAACAGAUGAAGUAAAGUUAAAUGACAACCAGUCUUCUGUACAACCUAAAACAUCGCGUGCCUGGCGUAAAUUGCGUUUAAGACUGGGGCGAUUGACUUCCGGACGACGUGAAAUGAGUUAUGAUGACGCAGUUCGAUUUUCAUCGGUAGAUGCUGUGGAUGAUAUUAAUGGCGAUAACUAUCAAGUUACAUUCUCAGAUAAUUCUCGCUUGUCAUUUACUCCUGGGGUAAAUGCUUGACAAACCAGAUGAAGCAAAGGGAAGCUAUUGUUGAAAUUUAUUAUAAGAAAAUUUUCAUGUCGUUAUUGUGAGAUAAUUUUAUGAUUAAAUUAUUAUUGUAAAUGAACAUAUAUGUCGCUAGAGGUAGAUUAUUUUUUGGGGGGGAAAUUAGCUGAGGUUUUUGUUGUUUAGCUCUUAAAUAACGCUGAUGUCACGUGCAACUCGGAGGAAACUAUUAGCAUGUUGACUGGACGAAGUCCUUUAUGAUAAUCUCAUAUAUAGAUAGAUAUUAUAAUUUUUGAAAGGUUCUCAAA